AUGACUCAAUCGGUCUCUCCAGUAGACAUCGCGGCACAAGCACACCUACCACUUCAAGGCGAUCAAUUCAUCGGCGCUUGGAUACGGAAUCAAGACGACGAUACCGUGCGCAGUGCUCGAUACCAAGAAGACCAUUCUUCUCGCCGUCUUGCCUACGGACAGAAGGACACGGACAACGACCGACCGAACAACGGCAUAACCGUCGAAUGGACGAACACUUUGGACGGUGCCGCUAAGCAUUUCCGUCGCGAAUAG